CACGAGCCCGAAAGCUACCAAGAGAGGGAGCGAGCGGUGCGGCGCGGCGCGGCGCGCGCAGCCCAUGAGGCGGUGAGAGGCCUGGGGCCUGCCUCGGAGCAGCGCGCGCGGCGCCGGCCAGCAGCGGGCCGCCCUCCGUGGGGCCCGGGCCCGGGCGCGGCGGCCGCCCGUGGAGAAGCGGUCCGGGGCGGAGGAAGCUGCGCGUCCGGGCCCCCCGCCAUGGAGGGCAUGGACGUGGACCUGGAUCCCGAGCUCAUGCAGAAGUUCAGCUGCCUGGGCACCACAGAUAAGGACGUGCUCAUCUCGGAGUUCCAGCGGCUACUCGGCUUCCAGCUCAACCCGGCCGGCUGCGCCUUCUUCCUGGACAUGACCAACUGGAACUUACAAGCAGCAAUUGGCGCCUAUUACGACUUUGAGAGCCCAAAUGCCAGUGUGCCCUCCAUGUCCUUUGUGGAAGACGUCACCGUAGGAGAAGGGGAGUCUGUACCUCCUGACACUCCGUUUAUAAAAACAUGGCGCAUCCAGAAUUCCGGGGCUGAGGCCUGGCCUCCAGGUGUGUGUCUUAAGUAUGUCGGGGGCGACCAGUUUGGACAUGUGAACAUGGUGAUGGUGAGAUCGCUUGAGCCCCAAGAGGUCGCAGAUGUCAGCGUGCAGAUGUGCAGCCCCAGCAGAGCAGGGAUGUAUCAGGGACAGUGGCGGAUGUGCACUGCUACGGGACUCUACUAUGGAGAUGUCAUCUGGGUGAUUCUCAGUGUGGAGGUGGGUGGACUUUUAGGAGUAACGCAGCAGCUGUCAUCUUUUGAAACGGAAUUCAACACACAGCCACAUCGCAAGGUAGAAGGAAACUUCAACCCGUUUGCCUCUCCCCAAAAGAACCGACAAUCAGAUGAAAACAACUUAAAAGACCCUGGGGGUUCCGGGUUCGACUCGAUCAGCAAAAAUACAUGGGCUCCUGCUCCUGACCAAACCGAGCAAGAUCAGGAUAGACUGUCACAGAACUCUGUAAAUCUGUCCCCCAGCAGCCACGCAAACAACUUAUCAGUAGUGACUUACAGUAAGGGGCUCCAUGGGCCUUACCCCUUCGGCCAGUCUUAGACGGCGUCAGCAAGAAGGAAAAUUAACAAAAGACAGAAGGCCUGACUUUGGGGGGAGAGGGCGAGGGGUUCCUCUGGAUUGCAGAGCACAUCUCGCGGACGGACCCCUGGCUCAGACCCCCACCCACCCCCCAAUCACGGAAGAAGAGGAAGAAAGAGACUAGUUUUGAGUGAA